AGUCUUAUCGGUACGUAAAUUUUGCACUUUUGCGUUGCAGCUAUAACCAAAUCUAACGACAUUUUCUUCCUAUACUUACAACAUCGAAACGCUGAAGAUUUCGAUUUCCAAACCCAUCCAAGAGUUCUUUUGGAAAUUGCGGCGCCGCAGAACGACCGCGACCAGCAGAAAGAACACAUAGCAACUCAAUGCCAGCCCGUCGGGUUUGGGAGCGCAUCUCGGCCCGCUUUCGUUGGUCGCCCUUUGCGGAUUUCAGUUUCAAGGAAGUGAAGGACAUCUUGUUCGGGCGGAAUUCCGCGAAUCUGUGCAUCACCAACUACUACUUUUUCCCGGACACUUUGCUUUUCCUCCUCUGUCAAUACGUCCACUACUACUACUGCGCCCAGUUGGAAGAGAAGUAUUUCUGCCAGGUGUUUUUCCGCACCCUCUGGUGGGCGACGUGUUCGUUGAUUUUUCUUUUACCACUGUUAGUUGACGAAGAGGAGGAGCUGGAGCUGAUUCACGCCCUAGUCACUGACGGAGCACGGAUCGCCUGGGGCGCGCUGGCGUAAAAGGGGUGUUCCCUCCGGUUUGUCAAUUUUUACGCUCCGACGUCGCAGAAGCCGUCUGAUACUAGAUAACCAAGCUGAAGCUGGAACAACUUCUUGAACAUCGAUCACACCUGCUACAUACAACACCGCGACGUCCGAAAAGAAAAGAAGAGGCAUCUUCUGCAACAUUCGCUCCUGCUCCCUCGCGUGGCGGGUGAUUUUCAAAGUCGCGAAGAUACAAGGCGCAUAGCAGCAGCUCCUGUACAACCAGGCGAAUAAGCAAAACACCUCCAAAUAUAUUAAAAAUGCCGAGCACCCCCUCCUACAGCUCCACGGGGCCUGCGCCCCCGUUGCUGCAAAAUUCCCGCGUUGCGGGCAAUCCGCGGCCGGCGUCCCCUACUUCCGGACUAACCCGGGCGAACACGGUUUUGGGCACUGAAUCGAACCGAAACAACUCGCCAACGGGCGGCAUGCUCGAAGACCUCCCCCAGACUUCCCGCGGGUUCGGGAUAGCGGCGACCCCCGCGUCAAUCCGUGACAAAGCGGAGUUGCGGAAUUUGGUUCAGAGGAACGAGAAGUUCGCGCAAGUUUUGGAAGAAACGACGAACACUGCGAUGAGCAAAAUAAAACCGAACGUCGAUGCUGGACAGGUUUUGAAAUUCAAUGCGGAAUUUAUGUGGAAAUCUCUCCUCCUCAUGUGGGAGGUGGAGGGAACUCUGGACGAGCACAACAAAAUGCACCCGAAGCAAAUCAUCGAGCAGUUGAAGGAGGAAAACGAAUUGUUUCGUGAUGACUUAGAUGAUUGCCGGAGGUCGUAUUUGAAGGAAUUAACCGCGAUGCGAGACCAGAUCCGGGUCUUGGAUGAGAGACAGCUCCAACACAUCAAGGAGUUGGUUUACGGUACGGGCUAUGAGCUGCAAAAGUAUCGUACUGGUACAAAUUACAUUACAAAUUUGCUCAGCAUGAGAAAUGGAAUCUGUCAUGCUGUUUUACUUUGAAAAGAAGAUUUGUCAUGCAUAUACUGCAAUUAGUACGACUACGAUACUUUUGCACAGGAUACAGGCCAGCCCGACGAGCAACCGGUGAUGUUUUACGAGCCAACUCGGUUAUCCUGUGCAAAAGUAUCGUACUCGUAUUGCAGUCAUGCAUUACAAAUCUGUUUCAAUUCAAUUCAAGGUGAAUCAGCAUUACAAAUUGUAUUUGUCAUGCUGAGGAAAUUUGUAAUGCAUUUAUACGAAUACGAUACUUUUGCAAUGCAUAUCGGUACUUACCGGACAAUCUCCGGCAUUUCGUCGCGGAGGUCGUGGAAGAGAAAUUGAAACUGUUGCUAUUCCGCUAUGGGACUCUCAAACGUUACAUUCUCAACUGUUAUAUGAAUUUGUCAUGCAAAAUUGGCACCAGCAUCUAGAUGAGCAAGCUGCUUCGCAUGACAAGUUUUCGACGCGCUAAAUAGCAUUAUAAUCUACUUCAAACCUGUAAUGCAAAAGGCGCAACCUUCUCCCUUUCACUUUUGCCAUUCUUGCAUAACAAAUUUCAUGUAACAGUUGAGAAUGUAACGCUUGAGAACACCAUAUCCGCAUAGCGGAGGACGAACAAGAUCCGGUGGAACGGGAAAGAAGACGGAGCAUGAUGCAAAUGGCCGCGGAUGCGCAGAGUGAUAAGGAAAAAGGUAGAGAAUAAAUUUGCGUUGCUGGUCGGUGGUUGACGCAUGAUAGCAGGAUUUUGUCAUGCAUUCAACGCCAUGAAUAAAUUGAAAAACAAAAGUCAACAUCUCCACACCAGCUCCCACCGAGCGCGAAAAGGCUCUGGAGCAGCAGGUCGUAGAACUGGAAGAGCUCGCGAAGGCCUAUGCGACAGAACUGGAAAACAUCGGUGCUGGUAUGAACAACUUCGCGAAAGAUAGCAAGAAGAAUGAACAGUCGGCCGCGGUUACCAGGAUUGAGCACAAUAUUCAGGCGUGCAAACUGAAUCUCUCUAGGCACCACGCCGCGAAAGACAUGGUGCAGAAGAAAUUAGACAUUAUCAAAAGUAAAAAUGUCUGAGUCUGGAAACUUGUGAUGCUGGGUGGCGUCUCAUGAUGAGGCUACAAAUGCUGGCUCAGCAUGACAGGUUUCUGAGCUCCUAGGUGUUGCCUAUGUAUUCUGCAUAACAAACUGCGCUUCUGCAUCACAGAAAAGCGGAGCUCUUGGGUAACGUGCAUGACAGAUUUAAGAGUCAUGCCAGACAAGCAUGACAAACAUCAAUUCUUCCAGACCCAGACAUUUUUACAUUUGAUAGACAUGCGAACAAAGCAAUUGGAACGGCAAGCGGGACACCUCGAGCAGAGGAGGAAGGAGGGCGCGGAUCCCAGCGAGAUCAUGCAGCUGAGUCAGGCUGUGGAGGAGAUUGAGACGGAGAUCAGUAGGGAUAGUGAUUUUUCUUGAUUCAUCGUCCUAUUAUAACGUCCUCUACGCAUGCUAGAAUCGCUUUUCAGGAGUGUAGCGGGUUUGUGCAUGACAAAAAAAUAAAAAUCCUCAUCAGAAUCGCUGAAAGAGGAGCUCUCCAAGAUUACCGAGGCGGAAACUACCGAAAAAGAGGAACUGCAACGCCACGAAGAGGAGCUGGAAAUGCAACUGAAGAAGGAAGUAUGAGAGUGCAAAAUUUCCCCUCGUUCUCAUUUCUCAUGCAAAACAUCUCAUUUCCGCUUUCCCUCCUGUCACUAUUAUGCAUGACAAGUUCUGGCAGCUCAAACAGCACUACAGUCCUGUCCAAAUUUGUCAUGCGAAACCUGUAUUCUUGCUGAAGCUUGUCUUGCUGUUCAUGCAAUACAAACGAGGGAGUUGUGCACUGCCAUAGGAAGAAGAAGACGCUCGGCGGAAGGAGGAAGCAGACCGGGCGAAGGAACAGGUACCCUGUGCAAAACUAUCGUAUUCGUAGUAAUUGCAUUCAUGCAUUACAAAUUUCUUUCUCAAGGUGAAUCAGCAUUAUAAAUUCAAUUUCUAAUGCUGGGCUAAUUUGUAAUGCAAUUUAUACGAGUGCGAUGCUUUUGCAUUGCAUAACAGGCACAGCAGGAGAAGGACAUGGCAUUGAUGGCGAAAGUAUCCACAGGAAAUUUCCCGUACACGACGUACAAAUGUGGUUUCUGCAUGACAAACUUUUCUUCCAAUGCUAUUCAGCAUGACAAGUGGCAUGCUCCAACUUGGUAAAAUUUGUGAUGCAUUUUGUACAUGAACAUGUGCAGGAAAGUUGUAUUGCAUAGAAAGAGAAGGAACUGGAAGAAGCCAGGAAGUUGCAACAGCAGCAGUCCUCCGCUGGUGGAAAAGUGUCCGUCGAGGGUGGAGCAGGGUCUGGCGCGGGUGCAGCAAAUGCGCCCGUGCAAAGACAGGAUACGAUAUUGCGGAACGCGGUCGGGAAGAUGUUGCCGAAGCCCGGGUCUACUUUUAAACAGUACCGGACGAAGAUGUUGAUGAUCCGCGCUGUCAUGUCCAGUAUGCACCAGGGGAGGAAGGAGGCGCUGCAGAAGGUAAGUGCGAACUGUUCUUGCGAAUUUUGAGUUUGACUGUGCGAUAUCUACAUGACAGAACGGACUCUUGGCACGGUUUGUCCAUGACAAGUUUGGUCCAUGACAAGCUUUAGCAUCGUCACGCGAUUUUUUGAGGAAACUUAUCCAUACCACUCUAUCGCCACGACAGUGCGCCGACCUCGAAAUUGCCUUGGAAGCUGAGCGAUCCCGCGCGGAGCAGGCUAUUGCGGAGAUGGAGCGGAUGGCCAUGAAGAUGUUCAUGGCCAACGCGAGGAAGAAAGGCAUGAAGGGGAACACGAGCGAUGUGGAUUCCGAUACGAGGAAAUCCGUCGAGGACAAAGUCCGGAAAGAAAUGCAGGCUGAGAUGGACAAGUUGAAAAAACAACUUGCCGUAUCAAAUGUAAAAAUGUCUGGGUCUGGAAACUUGUGAUGCUGGGUGGCAUAUCAUGAGGAAGCCACAAGUGCUGGCUCAGCAUGAGAAGUUUCUGAGCUUCUAGGUGUUGCCUAGUCUGCAUGACAAACUGCGUUUCUGCAUGGCAGAAAAAUGGCGCUCUUGGGUAACGUGCAUGACAGAUUUGAGAGUCAUGCCAGACAAGCAUGACAAACAUGCAUUCUUCCAGACAUUUUUACAUUUGAUAUGCCGACGGGGAGGGCAGUGAAGCCGCGAGGAGAAAACAGGAGGAUAGGGAGAAGGAAUUGCUGGAGAUCAUCCGGCAAAGGGAUGAGGAAAUCAAGCGGUUAAAAGCGGAAAUUGAGAAGCUACAGGCGGCGCUGCAGGAGUUGCAGGUACAAAAAUAGUAUUUUUUUUUUGUGUUUUUCGCUACAGCAGAAACGCGCUUGUUGUGAUUUUUGAUGCGAAUAAAAAUAAAAUUUUGAAAUUCCGUGGAUUUGCUUUUUCGAUAAAAAUGAAAUUUUGAAAUUUCGCGGAUAUGUUUUGAACAAGGUUGUGAGAAAAAAGUCCAGAGCUGAAGGCUUGUAUCCCAGCACCUGGUUAGGCUUUCGUUUCACGUAGAUGGAGUGUUUUGACAGCUCUCAUGUCUUUCUCCUGUUCACAGCUCCGAUAAAAAUAAAAUUUUGAAAUUUCGCGGAUUUUCUAUUGUGUUGACAUUUCGACUUCCGCAGAUCAUCACAAAUGCCAAAUAAUUCCAAAUGAACUCCUCACCUUCUCACCACAACAGAUGCAAAUCGAAGCCCUGCUCGCCGACCCGAAGAAAGCCCGAGAAGGAGCCCUUGCGAUGCGCAAGAAGCUCGGUGAGCAGCUGAAUUGGGUCGUGAAGAACACACACGAAAAUGUCUUCGACCGCCUCUACCACGAUGCCAUUGACCGGCUGACGAGGAUGGAGGUGCUGAGGCAAACGUUUAUGAAGAUGCAGCGAGAGCUAUGGAAAGAAAAAAGUUUGUCACAGUCACUGCCUUGGAAAUUUUGCAUUACAAAUUUUUUUAGCAUCACAACUUUUCCUUGUAUUGCAGAAACACAAGGGAAAUCCCUUAUGAAGUUUGGCUGUGAUGCAUUUUUACGCAUGACAGGCAUUUUUUGUAUUGCAAAAAUGCCGAUGAGUGAUCGCGACGAACUUUUUUCUUUUGAUAGGAGCAACUGGUCGACUUGAUCCAGUACGAGGACGACAUGGGUAUCAAAUGUCAAAAUGUCUGGGUCUGGAAGAUUCUAAACUUGUGAUGCUGUCUCUGAAUUCGAAAAAGAUUUGCAUUGCAUGACCACCAAGGGGAGUAGAUUUUGUGCUCCGCCGAGAUGGCAUUUGUCAUGCGGAAUAGGCAUGAGGAAGCGCUCUAAAAAUCUGUGAGGCUAGGCCAUGCAUUACAGGCGUUAUGGAUCAUGCAAAAUAUGCAUGACAAGUCUUGCAAUCUCCCAGACCCAGACAUUUUUGCAUUUGAUAAUGGGGCACUUGAAGCGAAAACAGGAGAAAGCGGAGCAGCAGGCGGCCUACCAAAUCUACCUGGCGGACGAGUUGGCGAAAUUAAGGAAGGAGCAGAAAGAAAUUUCGCAACACAACCGAUGGGGGAACUCGCUGACAGACGUAUACUUCAAAAGUUGAUGUUUUGCCGAGGACAUGCUUGAAGAUUCUGUGCAUGGCAAAUAAUUUUUCUCGGAUCGUCGAUUCAUGCAUGAAUUUGCAUAUGCAAACUCAAACUCUACUGAAUAUGAAAAGAACUAUCAGGGCGAGCUUCUGAAGCGUGCCCGCGAGCAGCUCGACACCCUGUAUCCGAUGGGUGUGCCAACUCAGCUACCGGAGACGAUAGGACCGCGAGUGAGGCCGAUUUCCGGGCCGAGUGGGACGUUCACGAGUGAACGGGACAGGCCGUUGACGUAUUGUUACGAUUUAUUUGAGGAUUUUGAUUUGAAGAAACGCAUUUAGUGCACUAGAUCGUAUGUCAUACGAUCUAGUGCACUAAAGCUCUUUUUUGAUUUGAUAGAUUCAGAAUCUAUGAUAAUUUUGUGCAAAAUUUGUACUGUACUAUCACAAAAAACAGUGUGGACGACCUCCAUCGCUACCCGGUGCACAACAACUUCAUGCCUGGCGUCGCGAACUUCGGCCCCCUUGACUUCCGAGAAACCGCCCAGAAGUUUUCCUCCGAAGGCCGGUCCCGCCCCAGCUCUAUGGAUUGCAAAAAUGUCUGGGUCUGGAAGAAUGCAAGUUUGUCAUGCUUGUCUGGCAUGACUCGAGAAUCUGUGUUGCAUAGGUACGAAAAAGCCCUCGUAUCUGUCAUGCAAAAACGCAGUUUGCCAUGCGGAAUACGUAAGACAUGGCAGCCAAAAAAUUUGUCAUGCAUAGCUGCUUGUUGCAGUGCGUCUAUCAUUCAUUCUUAGCAUUACAAGUUUCCAGACCCAGACAUUUUUGCAGUUCAUAAGCUCCUCCGGUCGCCCGGGGUUGAGCAUCACGAGCUACGCGCCCCGCGGGAGUAGCCCGCCCGCGCAUUCUAUCGCAAGAAAACACUGUUUCACUGUAAACUUGUAAUGCAGAAACUGUAUCUCAGAAGUGUUUGUCUUGCUACACAUGCAAGACAGGCGAUUUUUAGCUGUGUUUUCCCUUAGGAACCUCGCAUGGCAAGUUUUCCCUGUCAUGUGUAACGAACUUGUCAUGCCAAACUUGCAAAAUCCUUACAGUGAAACGCUUUUUUCGUACGAUACAUUCUCCGACGAUGCGAGGAGACACAGUAAAAGGUGACCCGGGCAUAUCCCACGAAAAAAACGUUGUUAGUAUAAAUUUGUGAUGCGCAACAUGCAAAGUGAUUGCGUCUGUCAUGCUUGGCAUGCAUGGUAGGGUCCAUUAAAGGGCGUUUUCACGUACUAUCUGCGCAUGACAGGUUUUUGCUGUCAUGCCAGACAGAUUUGUAAUGCUGUUCCUCCAAAAAAGUUACACCUACAAUGUUUUUUUCUUGGAUAGGGCACGAACUUCGGCGUGAUCCCGCAGUUGCGGACAACGCCGGUGCGGGGCGGGCCGGUUUACACCGGUGAGGAGCUGAUUUGGGACAAGGCGGACAUGAUCAGACCGCCGUCCGCGAGUAGGAGUCCAAGAGACCGACACAACAGCACCAUGACGAGGGGGUCUUCCUCUCCGCCGACGACGAGGCAUGGAGGGAUGAACGGAACUUCUGGUGGUCCAGAUGGGGUGUUUCAAAACGCAACCUUGCAAGUCCAUCUACCGCAGGCUGGGACGACGGAUGGAAGUGGUGGAACAUCAAGCGGUGGUGGAGGUGGUGCAACAUCCUCUUCGUCGGCAAACAACCGCCUCAUGUCGGAAGACAACUUGCUGAACGCCCCGAUUUCCCAGGUCUUGCAACAGUUCAGCUACCCGAACGGUGCGAGGGAGCCGGAAUUAGAUCCGAAUGAUGAGUACGAAUUCAACCUGCUGGGGCAGCGGAUGCCGCAUUUGACAACAAGUGCUUCGAACAGGAACAUCGGAGACCACUUGAGCAAAUACCGGGCUGCGGGGACCUAUGGUGGUGGUAGUUCCGGAGCUGCUGUUCCUGGUGGUCAUGGUCAACACGGCGACAGCAGCCGCGGAUCAACUCGACCCUCCACCGCGGGCGGAAAUCUCUCCUCUGCCGCGCCGAGUAGACCUUACUCCGCGGCGACGUCCACCGGAGCAGUCGGGAGAAGGACGUCGAUGAGAUGGGCCUUGGAUCAGGAAUAUGCAAUACAAAAGUACCGUCUGAAGUCGGAAUUGCAUGACAAAUUUUAUUUCCAGAUGCAAAAAUGAAUUCUGUCAUGCAGAAAGAAUCAGGUAAAGAGAGCAGAGCAUAUUGUCGUGCGCGAGCUGCAGUGCAAUACGUACUUUUACGCUGGAUAACGAAAAUUCCGUCUCCGGAAAAUUCCCGUUCACCGGCUCCAGUGGACCGAAUUCCGGGCAGUCAAGUCGCGCCGCGUCGAAGAAUCGGACGGGUACUGGGAUUAUGCAUUGCAAAGAUAUCGUUAUCGUACUAGUAUAAAAUGCAUCACAAAUUUAAAUUUUGGCAAGAAGGAAAGUGGAAUUUGUAAUGCGGUUUCGCCCUAGGAAAAACAAAAUUGUCAUGCAUAUUUGCAAUUAAUACGAGUGCGAUACGUUAUUUGCAAUGCAUAGGGAUGUCCAGCGCGAUAGACGGAGGAGGUUACACGCCGCAAUUGAGCAGGAACCCCUCCGCCGGUAUCCUGUGCAAAAGUAUCGUACUCGUACUCUUUGCAUUUAUGCAUUACAAAUCUCGUUCCUAUGGCAAAUCCGCAUUACAAAUUUAAUUUGUAAUGCUGAGCCAAUUUGUAUUGCAAUUUAUGCUAGUACGUUACUUUUGCAAUUCAUAGCCGGGCAUGUGAGAAGGGACAGUGUGAACUACAAGGCGAUUCCGGAACAAAUGAGUGAGAAGUCGUAUCAUUUGUAAAAACGUCCCCACCCCAGAGUUGUGAUGCAAAUCUGCAUGCUGAAAAUGUUUCUCAUGCGGAGACCCAUGAGAGGCAGUUUCUGUUCGUGUUUUGGAAUUUGUGAUGCUAGAAUCAGCAUGCUAUGCUGGAUUGUGAUGCUUCUGAACUAGCUAAACAGGGUUACACUACGAGGGUAAACUUGUCAUGCCAAACAAUCAAAGCUGGCUGAUUUGUCUAGCAGAUUGCCCAUAUUGAGUCUGGUGUGGGGACGUUUUCAAUCAGGAUAAUUCUCUGUUUGAAAAGAAAAUGCACGAACUCAGAACGAUGGAGCAAAAAGGAGGGACAAUGAAUGGCAGCCAGUCAGCAGCGAAUUUAGGUGGACCAAAGCAGAGGAAUUCCGCAGGACCAGUGUUGUUCUACCCGGGAGAUGGUUUGGACAAAAUCAACAUCGAAAACGACCACGACGCCAGCUCCCCGGAAAAACUCCGCGGGAUGGGCGCUCCCCCACCGAGCUCACUCUGGGCGCACAGCGGAUGGAAAAGCAGCACAGGAGGAGCUGGUGGUAACAAGCCGAUCAUGUCGCGACCUAGGACAGCUGGCGGUGGGGUGACUGGUGGUAAUACUGCUGGGAUGAAACGGGGAGGAAGUAGCGGCCUCACGCUGCCGGAUGUUACGUAA